CCUAAAUCAAGCGCCUUAGCUUGAAGUGACGCCGUGCAUGGGAAUGCCAUGGGCCUUCCUUUGCAUUACGAGGAGGUUGCGGCAGAACAUUUGGCCUUCCAGCAGUCUCUAGCACGAAAGGGUCGCUUGACUCAUUUGCGGGUCCUGCGGCGCCGCAUUCCUCUGAUGGGAUCCAUUUGGGAUGAUGAGGAGAACACCUACCGCUUUCUGCGGACCGCUGGGUUUUUGAGCCCAGCCUCCUGUUUCAACUCCACAGGUAGGGCACGAAGGUGCUGCCGGCGCCCUUGGGCAAAGUCCCAACGGUCGUGCUUCGACAGCAGCCGUCCGGCCGAGCUGUGUUGCUACAAGGAGCAGCACCGGCGCAGUCUCUUCGCUCCCCAAGGGCCCCUCUACGGGGCUGCCGUGAGCCGCGGUGUGGCGGACUGCAGAGCGCUGGCUCACCUGCGGGCUGCAGAUGUAGUGGACUGGUUGGAGCAGUUGCUCCAGCUGCCUUGGCAUCUCCACGGCCCCUGCCUCACCAGUGCCCUGGCGCGACGCCUCGCCGCAGCGCCGCUGCCGCGCGCGCUGCGCGCGCUGCGACGCCUCGCUGCCGCGCAGCUGGGGCGCCAGGCGCUGAAUGCGGCGCGGAGGAAUCUGAUGUGGUGGAGUGACAAAGUGCCCCUACCCUCCAGUGCCCUGCGGCUGUUGCGCAACGUCACCUUGCGGCUGCGCAGAAGUGACAUGGCACCGGCACCGGUGAUGCAGCUCCACGUGGCAAAGACUGCGGGGACGAUGAGCCUCUGUCACUGGGCCAAUCGCAGUGGUUUCAGUUCCCUGUUGCCGGUGGGGCUCAUGAAUCGCUGCCAGCUUUUGGGCGACGGACCCUUUUGGUUUGGAGAACGUGCCUCACCAGCCAGCUGCCCACAGCGUCUGGUUGAGUCACCUGGAAUUCUUGGGAUGACUUUGGGUUUGGGUGCAGUGAACAACUGCUAA